AUGUCCUUUACAGAGAAAACAUCAUUAACAGCGGAAGCGAUUCCUGAAAAGGACCAAUCAACCAUCUCGGCGCGUCGGAAGGCUCUACCGCCUAAUGUCAUCCAGCGCAUAUUCAUAUUUUUUAUCACUCCCUGCCAUCGACACCCACACGACAAAUGCAAACGCCUGAGUUGUCGCAACUCUUUUCCACUCCUCCUCGGCAAAAUAUGCAAGGAGUGGAGAAAUAUCGCAUGGAACCUGCCCGUUAUUUGGUCCUGGAUCAACAUACCAGUCACCCCUGAUCGUUCUGACGAACAGCUGGAAUUGGUGAAGGACUGGCUACAGCGUGCCAAGGACCAACCUUUAUCCAUUAUUGUCCGUCCAGCUCCCAGUCGAUCUAUGAAAGUGUACGCAAAAUUUUCACCACAGACGCCAGAGAUCUUCAAGUUGAUCGUGGACUAUUCAACGCAAUGGAGGGCACUCGAGAUUGAAUCUACGCCGUUGCUCAUAGAGUUCCUUGAGCCUGCGUAUGGACGAACACCAAUUCUGGAGACAGUAUUCAUCCAUUCCGCUGAGACCCAAUUUACGAAACCAACACUUCUAGCAUUCUUAGGGAAUGCGCCAAACUUGCGGAGCUUGUUCUACCUUGGAACGAAUCAGAUUGGGGGAAUCACGUAUCCAUGGACAAACCUUACAUCUUUCAGAUGUGAAAGCGCCACUCUUGCAAUGUUAAAGUUCCUAUGCGAAUUUGCACCAAACGUCCAACAACUCAACUUACAGUUCAAAACUCUCUCGAAGAAUCAGAUUAUCGACGGGGCCGAUCCGAAUUCAGGGACCGGUCAGGAUGCACUGAGUGAUGAUCGUUGGAACCUUCCACGACACUUGAUAUCUCUGACCAUUACAGGGUGGAUUACUUCCCAAUAUGUGAAGCACAUGAAAGCUCCCCCUACUCUCGAACGAUUAACCAUAAUUCAGUAUGGGAAGGAGGACUUGACUCAGUACUCCUUCAACCCAAUCAUCGACUUCAUCGAUCGCGCAAAAUGUACUCUACGGGCGUUCGGUAUAUCCAUCGAGGUCCUCCCUAUAGACGUUCAGAGCCUCCAUGAACUUUUCACCAAGUUGCACUCCGUUAAGCGCCUCUACAUCAAUUCCAAGGUCACUGCAAACUAUAGUGCCAUGAUGCGCCAAAUCCCGCGGAUGCUAGAUCCCUACCCAAAUCCAGCUCUUUCCACGAGUACUGACCUGGAUAUGAGUCGCCCACUCUUACCAUGCCUAGAGGUAUUAUAUUAUUGCACAGUCGAUACUGGUUUGAAAUCUCAGCAUUUAAUCGAUAUGAUCAAGCAUCGAUGCAAAGGAACAAGCAAUUCUACAGGCACAGAUAUCGCCUACGGGGGUUUUGUAAAGCUCAAGAUAGUGCGAUUCAAUAAGACGAAUCCCAAAAUUCUCUUGGAGGCCCUUCAAGAGGAGAUAAACCAAGGUUUACAGAUGACUUACGACUUGCCGUACGAAGGGGAACCAUUUAAAUGA